CAUGGGACACGCCAGCUGGAUAUUCAAAUUUUCUUCCAGUCCAGCCCCGUGUGCAGCUGAGCUGGUCUGGCCAAAACAACGCGUGGUUACGUGGCUUGAUACCUUGAGUUCAAAGUGGCGGACAGCAGUGUUGUAAGCUGAGUUAACCCUUGCAAAGGAGGUUUUUGAACAUGUUUGGCGGUGGGAAUAAUUUGGAAAGUAUCCACAUAUUUGCAUUUAACAAUUGACAAUGAUUUAUUAACCAUGUUAACCAUGUUUACAUUUAAUUUGAUGGUUUGAUGAUACAACCUAAGCUCAGCUGCAGGUGUCACGUUUGUUGGCUUUAAGUCACGACCCUAAAGACAUAUUGGAACCUUAGAGAACCCUGAAGUAAUGGUUCAGUUUUAUUUAAAAUCAUAAAGUAAAUCUGCAACUAAUAUAUACCUACAAACUAUAAGUCUUCUUUGACUUUCAAAUGCCAAGAUUGAAUGGAAACACUUAACAGUGUAAUAAACUUUGUUAAUAUUUAUUCAAAAUAUUUCACCAAUUCUGACUGGUUAAAAGUACACACAUAAUUCACCAUAACCAGUUACUGAUGACCAAAUUUGGAAGAAUUUUGUGUUUAACGAGGAAAUGACGUCAAAAAUGCAGCCUGUCACAGGUUAAGGCACUGUUACUGAGAAGACUUGGGGACGAGGUUGAUUUGUUUUGGUUGUUUGGUUGUAAAAAAUUUCGUAAAAAAAAGGCAGACAUUUCAUUCAUUUCAAGAGUAAGAACUACAGCUGGAACUAGGCGAAAUAAUAGCUAAAAACAUGGCAAAAACAACAAGAAGACAACUCGGAGGGCGACAUAAUUAUCUGCUAUUUGGAGAAUAUUUACAGAGCUGGACAUACCUAAACAUACACUAUCGAAGAUGAACUUAACAUCGAGGCAGUUAUUAAGCAUGUUUUAGCUAUGUUUUUAAACUAGGAAUUAUUUUGAAUGAAUAACUGUGGAACUCACUAUGAAUUAAGUCAACUUGUACUUUCCAUAUGCUCGUCCUUGUGUCAGUUAUAAUAUAGUUUUUUUUCCUUAGGGCGCUUUACUAAAAGUUAAAACUACACUGUAACUGGCUAUUAUUUACCAGACCAAAGUAAAAUAUUUGUCUUGAUUGUCCAAGUGUUAGUAAAUGUUCGCUAAAACAGGGCACUGUCGGUGCCUUAACUAAUUACAUGUAGAGAUAGAGCCCGGUCUGGCUGGAUAGUCCUUGGUAUUAUGUUGUGAAAUUCUCUUUAUGAUGGAACUCAUCUGGCUGGCCAAAAGUUCUGACAGAUACUAUGCUCUGUUAGAUCUGUACUGGUAGAUUGUUUUCCCAGUCUCUCUUUGUGUUCAUUUGCUUUGUUGUUAUAUAGAAAUGUAACAGCAAUUUGACUUGUUUUCCUCAGUUUUUUUGUUAUAUAAGAUGAUUAUCAUGACCAUUGUCAUCUCAAUUUUUAUAGCUGUUUUUGUAACAUUAUCAUCUUUUGAUAAUGUUGAAAUCCAAUACUAGCAUUGACCAUUUUUACAGCUACAUGCUGUAUUUUGAAGUGGCAAAAAUUUGCUAAAGUGUAGGAGCUGGCUUAUUAUCAAAAAAAAAGUAAUGAGUAAAUUUUGUAACAUUUCAAUAUAUAAUUUUAAGGCGAUCUCCUAUAUUUUCCUUGACAAAUGUUUUUACUUUUAUAGAACAACUUUUUAAUUUAAAGGUAAGAAAUAUCAGUUCCAUUGGCCUGGCAUCCAUGUUUUGACAUGUCUGACUGAGGGUGGUUGACAUUUCUUAUUUUUUCAGCUGUUGGAAAUUUGGCAGUAGUAUUAUUAUUAGUCUACUGCCUCCUAAGUUUCUGUCUAAGAGAGGUGUCUGUCUUAUAAAGAAACAAAUAAAGGGAGUAAAGAAAGGCAGGGACCAAGUGACAGGUGUCCGUUUACAGAGGGGUCCAUUAAGAGAGUGACUACUUGGUGUGACUACUUUUCUUUUACAUCAGUUUGCAGCCAAGAACUUAGUGAGGUCGUCUCAGAAGUGUGAAAAGGAGGAAAAAGCAGAGAAACUGAAGUUAAAGAAGGUAAAAUGAAAUGAAAUGAAAACUUUAUUUAUUUGUUUAGCUUUCAUGACAGCUAAUGGUGGACACAGAUUAUCUACAUUAGUAAUAAAAUAAUAUCUUUAAUAAAAAACAAGACACUAAAUAUUUGGGCGACAUUUAUUUGUUGCUAGGCAUAUGUGUAUUUAAGUUGCAUAACUGCACUAUGGUAAGGACCCCCAUAAAUUUUGUAUGUACUCACUGCAGGUAAAAAUAAUGUGAAUUGAUGGCAAUAAUUAUUUCUGAGAAAUACAUCGUAAGUUGUUUGAAGUACAUUGUAUUUUCAUGUCAAUGAAACAACAGACAUAUAUGCCCUUGCAAGCGAGCGAUAAAAGAAAUUAAACAAACUUAACUAUAGUUCAUGAUCUUGAAGCCUGAGUCCUAACAAACAAUUUUAAUAAGUAUCAUAAUUUUCCGUUUUGUGUGAAGUCAUUAGUUAUUCUGGUGGAUCAGGACUGUCAAUCACAAGCAUGCUGAAAUGAAAUCUGAUGCCAAUAUAAAUUUCAUAUUUUUACAUGGGAUAGGUGGUAACAGUAAUGCAAGUCUUGUAGCAUAUCAUUUUGUUGAAACACAGAAAAAUAGCAUUGUGAAAAAUAGUUGUUUCCUCUGUGGGACUAUAUGUGAAUUUUAAUUUUUUUUUCACAUCUUUCAAGGCUAUUCAAAAGGGAAACUUGGAUGGAGCUAGAAUACAUGCUGAAAAUGCCAUUAGGCAAAAGUAUCAGGUGAGUAGAUUGACAUCAGACGGAGUUCUUUAAUUCUUCUAAUAAUGUGUACACUGUUAGUACUUUAAGUGGGUUAUCGGUCAUAUAGGUAAUGAAUAAAACUUUGAUUAUUCAAAGUUUCUGAGUAAGACCAGUUAGCAAACAUUUAUUGACACUGCUACAGAGAGCAUGUUAGAAAAAUUAUAAAGUUUAAAGUUGUUGAUACAUCCAAAGUGAGCUAUAAAGAUCAUAAAAAUAUGUUUGAAUGUACAUGUACAAUUUGCCUCAUAUACAAUGUAACCAACCCAAAAAAAUUAAUUUGUCACUUGAAAAGUGUAAGCCAUACACAAUAUUGAUGAGACCUAAUGGAUCUGUGGGUAUACAGUAAGUAUAUAAUUAGCAUUGCAAAAUUCAGUGAAAUCCUCUUUAAAUAUAAUAAUUACCUUCAUUGCAAUAAUCAGCUCUUUGUGCAGGUACAUUCCAACAAGUGGCAGAAAGUGUUUCCAGUUCCUAAAGUUUUCUUUGCAAGGACUUCUUGCAUGGCACGUUUUCUCUAAAGUCUUGGCAAGGUCACCGUGGGAGUUGCAACACCAAACGUCAAGAUGCAUUUUUAUCUAUGCCAUAAUAUUGAUACCCAUGGGUACUUAAAAAGGGUGUUUUUUGCUGUGUGCAAGAUGCUGCCUUAAGUCGGCUAUAGGGUGAAGCCAUACUGGUCACCUAUAAAGACCUGACCAAAACAGGAAACCACACUUGAAAAGUCUCUGGCAAUCUGUUUGGGAGGAAAUCACUAACAAAGGUCAUAUGUCAGCUCAAAAGAUAUAUGACUUGUGCAAAUGCUUUAAUGCAUAUAAACACUUUAGUUCCCAGAAAGCCCUUCUGUCUCUGCUUGUUUAUGGUCCAUGCUAUUGUUGUGAGAAAUUUUGAAAUGUUUAUACUUUAAAUAGGCAAAUCCUUGCUGAUGAUUAAUCACUGUUUACAUUAUUUUUGCUCACUAGCAUAUGAGGUAUAACCCAUAGAAGACAUUACCUUAUACACAAAUUAAGGUUCAAAAGUUGAAAGAGCUGGUUAAUUUGAGCAGUUUGUGCAAUUUUCAGGUCCUUGCAAUCAUAACAAAGGUUUUUGAAAAUUUGCAAAAUUGCUGGGUGGCAAAAAAGUUAAUUGAGCUCAUACAAAUAAUAUUCUUUGUAAGUCUGGGGUUUGAUUUCAAUUAAGGGCUCAAUUUCUCUGGAACUAUAAUCUUUUUUCCUGUCCUUUAGAUUUUGUCUGAAUUAAGAGAACCAAUAUUAUUUCAUUAUUUUUUGACAGGCCUUGCACUUUCUGCAACUUAGUUCAAGAACUGAUGCUGUAGCACAACGAGUGCAGACUGCUGUUACAAUGAAACAGGUAGGGAAACACCAUCAGUGCUGUCAGAUAAUUUAUGUCUUAACAAUUGAUAGAGAGUUUUUGUGAUCACUGAGCUGGAGAGACUUUUAAUAGUAUGUGCCUACAUAGCUUGACAUUUUCCUCAUAAGUCUUGACUUUUAAACAGAGGAUGUGUGUAUGCGUUUAUUUUUCCACAGGGCCCGCACAAUUUAAUGUGUUUGUGUAACUGAUUGCUAUUUUACAGUAAAUGUACUGGAUUUACUGUUUGCUUCACCUAUAGCAAUACAUCGCUAAAUAUCAGUCUAUAAACAAUAUUAAAUAAAUGUUGAAUUACCUUACCUGUACUUGGUAUAUUGUCACCCUUUUGUCUCAAAAGUGGUUUUUUGAGCGAUUUUGAAGGCUGUGCUGUAAGGAAAAUUGAAGGGAGCCCCAGUGCUCUGAAACUGUAAAAUCCAGGGUUCCCAGCAUGAUUAUGAUUUGUAUGAAAAAUCUGAGAUUUUCUAGUCGCCUGAGGGCAAAAGUUAGGCACCACUGGUGCCACCAGGCUCUGCCAGAGCACAGCCCUGCCAAUAAUUCCUUCCUUACGCUGCAGCAUUUUUGAGCGACAGAUGUCAACCGGAAGUGGACUUUUUGCAUCAUUGGACAGUGGUUUGGUUGAAACUCUUGGGCAGGGUUGUUAUUAAGAGCCGGGGCCGGGGAUUUUCCCCGGCUACUAAGAGAGUGGUCCGGCCGGCCCGGCUACUUUUAUUGGAAAAUAGAAGAAAAAUAGAACCAAAAGAAGUCCCGAGCCGUUUGAUUCCCCGCCUACUUGUUGUAUUUACCCGGCAACUUGAAAUCUUAGUGACAACCCUGCUCAGGUAUUAAACUCGUCUUUAUAAGAGAAAAGAAACUUGGCAAUACAAAUUUGUUAGCGUCAAGGUGGGUGUUACUAAAACGAAGACCCAAAAACGAAGACCUAAGACCUAAGACCCCUUGGACUAAACCGAAGACCCCAUGGACUAAAACGAAGACCCUAUGGACUAAAACGAAGACCCUAUGGACUAAAACGAAGGCCCAAUGGACUAAAACGAAGACCCAAUGGACUAAAACGAAGACCCCUUGGACUAAAAGGAAGACCUCAUGGACUAAAACGACUGAUGCUAACCGCUGAGGGCAAUGCCCACUCCCGUAAUUUGUUACGGCAAUUUGGGAAUGUUGUGGAAUUUCCUCUGCAGUAUUUAGUUGUGAUAGUCAAGUCUAUCCGGCUUACCUUUCCUUCAGGUUUCUUUGCGGAAAAUAUUUUGCAUGUUUUAAACCUCUUUGGAAGUGUUUACGAUGAAGAUGAGGUCAGUUUUAUUUAAAUCAAAGCUUUUUGCGGGGUGAAGGCGAGAGAGCCCUCUAGUGUGUCGUGUGGUUAUAAUGCGCCCUCGGUGAAGAGGAUUGGCGUGACAAGCUCAAAGGUCAUCAGCGUGUUCAUGGGAGGCCUGACAAUCAAAAAGGCUUAUGACAGGAUUUGUCUUGAAGACUUCCGCCAAACGUGUUUUGGGCGCGUAGUUGGGGUUUGAGGGAGGAGGGGGUCCAUUGCCUUUCUGAUAUUUUAUGGUUCAAAAUUCAACGUCGGAUGAUUUUAUAGGUGUCAUCCCGGGUGUGAUGAGUUAAGAAAAUAUAACCGCGUGCUCCGGCUUUCUAAAAUGUCCUAGAAUUGUAUCAAUGCAUAAAAAAACAAAACAGUGACAACACGUAGUACAGGGAGGGAAUUUCUCGUUGACAAAUUCAAGGACAGAAAAACCUCGCGCUCUAUUUUUUACUUUUUACCUCAUCAAUAGGGGAAAAAAAGCCUUCGAUCUCGAACAUUACUCGAGUACAGGUUAACAUUUCGAGUUUCAUUUAAGCGAGGUUCAUUCAUCUUUAUGCCCAGUUUUAUUUGUUUUAUUUAUAUCCCUGUCAUACGCUGUUACGAUAUUCUGUCCUCUAUUGUUAAAAAAUGACUAAUCCUUACGGCUUAAACAGUUGUUUUUAUGAUAAUUGUGAUAAAAAAAUAAUAAUAAAAAAAAAAAGAACGAAAAAGACAAGGAAAAAGAACGCUUGUUCGAUGAGACUCGAACCUGGGACCUUUAUCCAACAUUACGGUUUUACCACUAGGCCACAAGGGCUCUCACGCCUUCACUCUGCAAAAAGCUUUGAUUUAAAUAAAACUGACCUCAUCUUCACCGUAAACACUUCCACAGAGGUUUAAAACAUGCAAAAUAUUUUCCGCAAAGAAACCUGAAGGAAAGGUAAGUGAUAGACUUGACUAUCACAACUAAAUACUGCAGAGGAAAUUCCACAACAUUCCCAAAUCGCCGUAACAAAUUACGGGAGCGGGCAUUGCCCUCAGCGGUUAGCAUCAGUCGUUUUAGUCCAUGAGGUCUUCGUUUUAGUCCAAGGGGUCUUUGUUUUAGUCCAAGGGGUCUUCGUUUUAGUCCAAGGGGUCUUCGUUUUAGUCCAUAGGGUCUUCGUUUUAGUCCAAGGGGUCUUCGUUUUAGUCCAAGGGGUCUUCGUUUUAGUCCAAGGGGUCUUUGUUUUAGUCCAAGGGGUCUUCGUUUUAGUCCAUGGGGUCUUCGUUUUAGUCCAUAGGGUCUUCGUUUUAGUCCAUGGGGUCUUCGUUUUAGUCCAUGGAGUCUUCGUUUUAGUCCAUGGGGUCUUCGUUUUAGUCCAUAGGGUCUUCGUUUUAGUCCAAGGGGUCUUAGGUCUUAGGUCUUCGUUUUUGGGUCUUGGUUUUAGUAACACCCGCGUCAAGGCAUAUAAAGAGGGAGAUCAGGCCUCGCUUCUGGUUGAAGUGUGUCGUUCAAAAACGUCUUUGCUUAAGCUCCCUUAGAAGGACAAGGGAGGAAUCCUUGUUUUGAAAAAGCUCCAGCGCCGGAGCGAUUUUCCCCCAAAAACCGUCCUGCUGAUUGCCUCUUUUAAUUGGAUGUCGAUAAACAAUAAACGCUUACAAAGUUAAUUGAAGUCGUCUUUAAGUCAGUUAUUAUUUAACCAUUUGGUUAACAACAUCCAAUUAAAAAGAGGCAAUCAUUGGGACGGUUUCUGGCUGGCAUGUAUGAAUAUUGCUAUGCAUUUUGACUGUUCAAAAAUUGAGGGAUUUUAAUUUUCUCUGCGGGCUAGCUCCAGGCCUUUUGGAUGGAUUAUUUAUCGGAAGGUUCGAGGAGAAGCGUGAAUCUUUCAACCUUUUUGCAGCGAAGUUUGAAAGUGGAGCUAUGCGAUUUUGGGGGGAAAAUCACUUUGGCGCUGGAGCCCUUUCAAAACAAGGAUUCCUCCCUUGUCCUUCUAUUAUUAGGAACAGUAAACGGCGAACUCAAAAUGCUUCAAAAUCGCCCAAAAAACCGCUUUUGAGGCAAAAGGGCAACAAUAAUACCACAGGUAAGGUAAUUCAACGUUUAUUCAAUAUUGAUUGUAGACAUAUUUAGCGAUAUAUCGCUAUAGGUGAAGCAAUGGUAAAUCCAGUACAUUAACUAUAAAAAUUAAUAAAAAUCGGUUACCACACACACUUUGUGCGGGCUCCUUGUGAUUUUUCACAGCUAAAUGGUUCAAUGGUUAAUGUUGUGGCAUCAAUGGACUCAGCUUUGAAGACCAUGGACUUAGAAAAGGUUAGUUUUGGUACUAAUCUAUAUCAUCUCUGUCUAUAUUAUGCUUUUAAGCAAGCAUAUCCUUUCCGAUUCAAAAUCAAGCAAAAGUGAUUUGUUUCAUUUUUUCUUCAGGUUUCUGCUUUAAUGGACCAGUUUGAGCGGCAGUUUGAAAACCUUGAUGUUCAGUCAAGCCACAUGGAACAGGCCAUGAGUGACGUCACCACACUCACAGUACCACAGGUCUCAUAACUUAAUUUUACCUUGUUAAGAUUUCAACCAAAAGGUUGGCUAAAAGUAGCCUGUGAACAGCAGACGCAUUUCGUCUGCCAUUUGCAACAGGCUAGGCUAAAAGUGGUGUGUUUAAAAAAAUUCUGUUCAAUCUCUUUUUUUAAGAAAAGUCUCAGACAGUGGCACUGUUGAAUGGGAUAUGGCCUCCUUUUAAACACUGAUGUGACUCAAAGCCCUGUUUCAACAUUCUUCAUUUUGUAAUCGUUCAUGAAGUAAAGGAAAGAAUUAUUAAAUAAAAUCAUACUGUAGUUUGCUUCAUGUUUCUGUCCUUCACUUACCAUAGACUUUAAUACAAGGAAAAUUUAUACAUUUGUAACUGACAUGCCCUUUUUGCUCUCAAUGUCACAGUGCCUUUGGUGACUGUUUGAAAGUGCAACUUUGCCUCUUGCAUAUAGUACACUAUUAUGAUCUGUAGCAUCAGUCAUAUUAACUAGUGUGGAUUUAUUUUGUAGGAAGAAGUGGACACUCUUAUGCAACAAGUGGCAGAUGAACAUGGGUAGGCCCUUUAAAAAUUAAUUAAUGCUUGUAAAUGCAUUAAAAAUCCCUUAGCUGGGGGCUUUAAUCAGGAUUCAGAUGAAACCAUUCACCUUGAUUGCUACUUGGUUGAUUGAACCUUGAUAUGGACCCUUUUACCUUAUCUUAAACCUGUAAAAACUACCUUGAUAAAAGCUUCAUUGAUUGAGUGUGAGAAGCUGGAAUAGCCCUCCUUAUUGCCCCUGCAGGGAUUUCGCCCAGAAGGCGAAAUCUGGAGGAGGCACUCUUACUAGUAACUCGCCCGUAUAUUAAGGAAAGUACUUACAGUUGAAAUAUACAGUCAUACAGUCAAUAUAGAAAAAAUCUCGAUUUGCUUGAACAGGGGCCGCGAGGAAAUGGUAGGUAAUGAUGACGUUUCUAUUGCUUGUGCCCGCAAGUACGAAAUGGUUAGGAUGACGUAAAGACAGAACAUCAUUAUUGUGCAGUCAUACUUCGACACUCUUUUGUGUUACUUGUUAUCAGUGACAUUCUGUGGAGCAGUUGUUUCAUUUUAAGUUAUGGACCAAAAUUUUAAUGACACUCGAUAAGCGUAGAAGAAGUUAUAAGGUGCGGUAUAGCUGUGUAUAUAUAAACACUUGGAGAGUUUGCCAGACACGAGUUCACAAAUCUUUCAUUGGAAACCGUGCCAGACACUCUUUCUCUCUCUUUGACCGGAAUAAGUCUCUGAACCCCAAACAAGCAAGACGAGUGAACAACGGCUAGCUUCUCAAUAGCAGAAUGAUGGACAAUUGCAGAAAUUCGACGACAAUCAAAUUCUGUGCUGACUUAUUCCCUGCUCGAGCUCACAGAUGUCCUUCCGCUAUAAAGUUUAAAAUAAGACUAGCAUGCGCGAGUGUGAGUUAAUGAUCAAACGUCCUUUUAAUUCUAAGGCUUCCUUUCCGGCAAACAAAAUGAACUGAAUGUAAAACGUGAAAGAGAAAUAGCGAAAAAUUCAACUUCUAAUUAAUCUUUUCUUAUGGUUUAGAAUAAACCAUUCUUGAAACUGAGAAUGUUUUGAUCAAAGCUGUGUAAAUUGACCUGAAACUGUGCAUGGAACCUUGUGUUUCCUGUAUUUAUCCCACCUAUUGUAUGGAAUAUGUGUGAAAAUCUUCCUUAUAAAUCGGUAUAUUUCAAAGAGCUACACAACGAGCAAGAAUGCUAUUGACCGACAAUAUACAGAGCGAGGGCAGCUGUAGUGUCGACUAUUCCUAGUAAUAUUAGCUUUAGCUUCAAUGAUUGAGAUGUCUAGCGGAGGAGCUGCACUGAUCAUAGUUUGUCAACUUUUUGAACUCAUCCAGUUUUUAUCCUCAAUGUUUUAGCGUGAAUAAAAAUACAAGUCAUUAUGCAAAAAAAAAUUAUAUCACUUGCAUUGCAUUUUAUCAUCUCUUUCAGCUUGGAAUUAAAUAUGGAGCUCCCUGCUGUGCAACAGGAACCAAUUGGAACAGCUUCUACAGAGCAGGUAAUUGUUUAUAAAGGCUUAAUCAAUCAGUAAGUCAAAGACCUUAUUUAGCUUUGAAUUAGUUGAUAGCAAAAUUGCUAUUAUCUCUGUUAUCUCUUGCUUGAAAUGUAACACAGCCAGGUUUUUAGACCAAGAAAUUAGCUGCUGCAUGUGAUUUAAAUUGCUACUUUUAUAUCCUUUUAUUUUUGGGCCCGCAGUAAUUGGCUUUAGCUGUUGCGGUGUUCCUGCCCAAAUAUUUAAGUUAUUAUUAGUGUAUUGCUACUUUCUUAUUAGUAGUGUUUGUAUAUCUUCAGUGUAUUUUUUUCCCGUGUAUUCUUCAGGGAAAAGCUAAUAAAAUAAAAUUAAAUUAAAAAAUAGAUAGUGAGCUUGCAUACUCAGCGAAAGAAUGUUUUUCAGUGAGAGGGGUAAUUAUGUGAUCAUGCUCAUUGUGCCAUUGUGUUGUGAAAGAAGGAAACAUCAAAUCUCUCUUGGAUUGAAAAAUCUAGCUAAUGCUACACGAGCUGUGAGCAUGUCUUACUUAGGACGAGAAGAGUUUGUAUCCCCCACAGAUGCUCUUAAAAAAGGCCAUCUAAUUACAUUAAUUCAGUUUAUUUAAGCUGAAAAUAGUAUUUUACUCAUUAUCAUUAUAUUGAAUGAUUUUUGUUUUCAUUUUUAGGAUGAGCUGCACAAAAGGCUGGCAAAACUACGACAGUGACCUGUUGCUUAUUAACCCUCGGACGUACAAGUGGGGGAGGGGGUUGCCACCCCCCCCGCAAGAUUUUUUUCUAGACGAUAAAACAUCAGCACUUGAAGUUUUCUGCAGCUGUUAGUUUAUCCUUUGCGUGCAUUUAGAGACAAGCUUAGUGAUGGUCAGUUUCUAUGGUUAGGAGAUAUGAC